CCUUUUUCACCCUCUCUCUCUCUUUCUCUCUCUCUCUCUCGCUUUCAGUUUUCCACUAUCUCUCUCUCUCUGUAAUUGUCCGUCUCCGUUCGUUGUGCUUAGAAGAACUUUAUCUUGUAUUCAUUUUCUGUUCUUCGCCAUUGGAGACCUGUUAAUCGUGCAAACUAUACGCAAUUUUUGUGUUUCCUUUUCUAAUUUUGUGUUUCUUCGUAUUAUUCUGUACAAUGAGCGAACCAGAGGAGAGGUUUUCCGGUUUAGAUCCAGCGUUUGCGGGUUAUGGUCUUGACUCUGGGAAAUGCGGCAGCAAGAUUAGUAUGGAAAAGAAAAAGGAAAUAAUCCAUGAGAUUGCCCGAAAGUCCAAAGCCGCACCUGAAAUCCUUAGGUCUCUUACUCGAAGUGAUUUACUUGAGAUCAUCUGUGCUGAAAUGGGGAAAGAAAUGAAGAACACUGGAUAUUCAAAAUCUCAAAUGAUCGAGUACCUUUUGAAGCUGGUCUCUCAGAAAUCCGACAGAAGUAAUACUCAUGCAUCUUUACUAGACAAAACUCAAACUGGCCACAAGAGACCUCGAAACACGAACCGAACAUCUAUUCAACUCUUGGAUUCGAAUAAUACUUCCAUGGAGACUGAUGAGGAAAGUGCUGAAGUCAAACUUUGUCGGAAUGUGGCUUGCAAAGCACCUCUAAAUCCAGAGUUUGCUUUUUGCAAGAGAUGUUCAUGUUGCAUUUGCCAUUGUUACGAUGAUAACAAGGAUCCAAGUCUUUGGCUGACCUGUGGCUCUGACCCUUCUAAUGAGAACGAUUCUUGUGGAAUGUCAUGUCAUUUGGAGUGUGCCCUGAAGCAUGAAAGGACUGGAAUUGUGAAGAAUGGUCUCUGUGAAAAAUUAGAUGGAAGUUUUUACUGCGUUUCAUGUGGAAAGAUCAAUGGAUUGAUGGGAAGUUGGAGAAGACAACUGGUAAAUGCAAAGGAGGCCAGAAGAGUGGAUGCAUUAUGUCUAAGGCUAUCCUUGUGUCACAAGAUUCUUGUAGGGACAAAUCUAUACAAAGAAGUGCACAAGACAGUAGAGUUCGCCAUGAAUAUGAUGACAAAUGAAGUGGGACCCUUAGAUGAGGUUUGCUUGAGAAUGGCAAGAGGCAUUGUCAACCGGCUAUCCUGUGGUGCGGAGGUUCAGAAACUGUGUGCUUCUGCUGUGGAGGCCUUUGAUUCCAUGUGUUGUGUCCCUUGCGUGGAUGGUAUGCAAAAAAGAGAAAAAUUGGAUUGCGAGAUCCUAUUUGAAGAUUCUUCACCUACCUCUGUGAUGGUCGUGCUCCGAUAUGAUGAUCACAUGUUAAGAGACUUCUUAGGCUGCAGGCUUUGGUAUCGUAAAGCUAACAUGGAGGAUUAUCCAGACCAGCCAUCUUUCAUUGCAUUGAAGCCAGAAAAAAACUUUAAGAUCACUGAUCUUUCCCCUUCAACCGAGUACCACUGCAAGGUCUCUUUAUUUAGUAGCACACAAGUUUUUGGUGUCUGGGAAGCCAAAUGGGUCACGCCGAAAUUAUCGACGCCGCGUCCAGCUUUGGAGAAGCAUAGAAAUGGAGAAAUUAAGAACACUAAUCUACUUCAUUCUCAGGUGGAUUCGAAAAACAACCUGAUUAAUCUUCACUCAUUGGAUGGACUUGACAAGAGGAAGCUUUACAAAUAUCCCUCUCUAAAGAACUCAAUCACUUCGAUGAAAUCGAUAUCAGUUUGUCCUUCAACACCUUGUAAAUUAACCGAAACCCGCAUCAUGCUCGGUUUUAACUGCACAAGGCGAACUGAAGAGUCCGACUAUGAUUAUUCUGUUAGAAUGGUGAAAUGGCUAGAGCAUGAAGGCCACAUUGACGUAGAUUUUCGAGUGAAGUUCCUAACUUGGUUCAGCUUGAAAGCAUCAGUGAAAGACCGAAGAGUUGUUAGUGCUUUUAUCGACGCUUUGAUCGACGACCCACCAAGCUUGGCAGGACAACUAAGCCACACCUUCAUGGAUGAGAUCUUCUGUAACCAGAAACCAGUUCCCCGGCAUGAAUACUGCAAUUGGAUAUGUCGUUAAAGCUCAGGGUAGUGUAGUAGGCUAAUCUCUAUAUAGAUUUGAACAUAACAUAUUUUGGGUGAAGCAAGCGAAGCGUGUAGGCCAUUUUGUGACAGACUGACUGUGUCGCUGAUUUGGUUUGGCAGUUUCUCCUGAGCAAUACACGUGAAGCUUCUCAGGUUUUACUUUCACUUCUGUACUUUCACAUUCAUUCAGAUGCAAAUUAUACGGUUCAACUUGUUGAUGGAACAGGAAAUUGUAUAGAGCUUUGCUUCUAUUUCCCUCCUCGGAGUUCACGUGAUUGGACUCGUUCAUUGAUGACUUGGAUUGCCAAAUGGCAUCUUUCUGCACAAAUGAAAUUGCAGGAAAGUAUUUCCUUUUAUA